AUGUACGGGUACCACGAGCCACCAGGUACCAAGAGGCAGUGGGUGCAUGGGUACAUGCAGGACACCCCUCCCUCAACCUCACCCAAGCCUCCAAUGAGCCAGAGGGUACUAGCUAGAUGGUGGGCCCUGUGGCACCAACCUGUCAUGGAAACUUCACAAGACCUGGAAGAGUCCCUUCUUGCUCAUGGAGUUGGGGGACUAGUAUGGAUAUUGAAAACCUCCGUUCUCUCUCUUAAGCCGCGAGACCUGACCCGGACCUGCAGUUUCGACCUGGACGCCAUUUCCAUCUCUGGUUACCUCCAGGCUUCGGCCUUGAAACCUGGACAGACCUCUUUGCCUCCACCGUGCGUUCCUUCCUGUGGCAUCCUCUUGCGUCAAUUCUCGCCCAUGGCGGAGCUACAAGACGGUGAAGUUAGAGGCAGUCGGACCCAAUCGGUUCUCCGAUCUCCGACUACGACGGGGCUUCAAACCAAGCUUGUUGAGUUCGUAAGAGCCUCCUUUGUCGAUCCUUGGUGGUGGUUUCAAACGAUUCUCAGUGUGGAGUUGCAACUCAACGUGAGCAAUAAAUAUUGGGCUUUGGACUGUGAUAGGUGGCGAUCUAGACCUAGUUGGCUUGAACCCCAGGCAGAUGCUAUAAUUUCAAGGAUGCAAAGUAGUGAAUUGGAUGGUGGUGCUGAUCAAACAAUAUUAAUUACUGCAGGUUUGAAUUGGUUUAUGCAAGGUCGUCGAUCCCAGAAUUUAGCUCUCAUUGUCUACGAUCCGGAGAUUGAACGAACUCGUAGAAGACUCUUAAAGCAAGCAAGAACUCAAGCUCAAGUUGUGGUUCCAAUGGCAGAAGAUGAAACAAAAGCAUUGAAGGAGUUCACGGCUCCUACUGCACUCACAACAUCAUCUUGUAUUGUUGUAGCUCCUAUUCCUGCAAGAGUGCGUUUUGAGAUUAGACCAGCAACAAUCCAAAGCUUGCCUAACUUUUAUGGGAAGACGAAUGAAGACCCUUAUCUCCAUGUGGAGGAAUUCAAGGACAUAUGUGGGACUUUUCGGUAUGAGAUAUCAGAUGAGCAGAUCCGUUUAAGGCUUUUCCCUUUUUCAUUGAAAGACAAGGCAAGAAAGUGGCUAAGCUCUCUUCCCCUUGGUUCCAUCAAUACUUGGGAUGAUUUGGUUAAAAAGUUCUUGUUGAAAUUCUUCCCGGCUAAGAAAACCAAUGCUCUCCAAGCAGAAAUUUUUGGUUUCUCUCAAUCCGAAGGAGAACCUUUUUAUGAGAGUUGGGAACGUUAUAAGGAUUUAUUUUUAAAGUGUCCUCACCAUGGAUUUUCUAAACCCCAAAAGGCUCAAUUUUUCUAUAGAGGUUUGAAUGCCCAAAGUAGAAGUAUGGUGGAUGCUACAGUUGGUGGAAGCUUGAUGGGAAAGACGACAGAAGAGGCAAUUCAAGCUUUUGAGGCUAUAUGUGAAAAUUCGCAGCAAUAUGAUCCUUAUACAUCAGUGCCCAAAAGAGGAGGACUAUAUGAGGUUAGUGCAAGUACUAAGUUGGAAGAACAAGUUGCAGCCUUGGCAAGACAAAUGAAGAGCCUUACUCCUCUAUUAAAUAAGGCUGCAAGGGAGACAUGUGCUUCGUGUUCAAGUAUUGCACAUACCACAGAGGCUUGUCCCGAAAAUUUCUUCCAUGAUGAGCAAGUCAACAUGGUGAAUAAUUAUAGAAGGCCUGUUAAUGAUCCUUUUUCAAAUACAUAUAAUCCAGGUUGGAGGCAACAUCCAAAUUUCUCUUAUAGCAAUAAUAAUCAGGUGCAAAUGCCAAGGAAUCCUCCCAUGCAAAAUUAUCAAGGGUCGGUUGAACAAAAGAAACCAUCUCUUGAAGAAACCAUGCAGCAACUUGCACAAAAUCAGAUGGAAUUUCAAAAGGCGAAUGCUCAGAUGCUUCAAGCUAUUCAAGAGACCAAGAAAGAGCAGCAAGUUCAAUCUCAAGCUAUUUCUAAGCUAGAAGUUCAAGUUGGUCAGAUUGCCACUGCUUUGAAUGAGAGAGAACAAGGGCGUUUACCUAGCCAAACUCUUGCUAAUCCAAGGGGUCAAUUUGAGAAACAUGAGCCUAUGAAAGCUGAGAUCACAUUGAGGAGUGGAAAAGAAGUUGAUAUAAAAGUUCGUAGUCCAAGAGAUAAAGAAGAAGUCAAACGGGGAAACCCAGAAAUUAAUGAAUCAGCAGAGAAGGAAUCUGCAACAUUGCUUCAGAAGCCAAAGAAAGAUUGGCACUUGACUGAGAUUAUGGAACUAUUUCGCAAGGUACAAAUUAAUAUUCCUUUGCUUGAUGCUAUUAAACAAAUCCCAGCUUAUGCGAAGUUUUUGAAGGAGUUAUGCACUAAUAAGCGAAAAUUUGAAGAUCAUGAGAAAGUGUUGUUGUCAGAAGAGGUCAGUGCCGUAAUUCAAAGAAGACUCCCUCCAAAGUUAAAGGAUCCGGGCAGCUUCACAAUCCCUUGCACAAUUGGUGAUCAUUAUUUUGAGCGUGCUUUGAUGGACUUGGGUGCAAGUGUGAAUCUGAUGCCGUACUCUCUGUUUUUGAAAUUAAAGCUUGGUGACCUACAACCAACAUCAAUCACCUUGAAAUUUGCAGACCGAUCAGUCAAGAGGCCAAAGGGAAUUGUUGAAGAUGUGUUAGUGAAGGUUGAUAAGUUCAUAUUGCUUGCAGAUUUUGUCAUUCUUGAAACUGAACCAGAUGCUUAUUCAAGUGAGGAUGUACCAAUCAUUUUGGGUCGUGCAUUCAUGGCUACUGCUGAUACCAUAAUUAAAGUAAAAGAUGGACUUCUAUCUAUGACAGUUGGUGACAUGUCCGUGGAGUACAAGAUUUUUGAAGCUGGCCGACGUCCCUCCGAAGAUGGUAAAUAUUUUAUGGUUGAUUCUAUUUCUCCUAUUACUCAUGAAUCUUUUAUUUUGAAUUCAUCUCAAGAUCCCCUUGAAGUAUGUUUGACACAAUCUGGAAUGGAUUUUGAUGCCAAGAAAGAGGUUGAUGAGUUAGAGAAGCUUCUUAAUGCUGCACCGGUUUUUGAAUCAAGAAAGUGGAACCAAUUUGAGUCUUUACCUUUGUCCACAAAUAAAGUUGUGCCUUCCAUUCAGCAAGCACCGAAGUUAGAGCUCAAGCCACUGCCACAACACUUGAAAUAUGUAUUUUUGGGUGAAAGUGAGACACUUCCAGUGAUUAUUGCUUCGGACCUUUGUGAAGAAGAUGAAAAGAAGUUGUUGCAAGUUCUUCAAGCUCACAAAAUAGCGAUUGGAUGGACAAUUGCAGAUAUUAAAGGUAUAAGUCCUACAAUGUGUAUGCACCGAAUCCAUCUUGAAGACAAUAUGAAGCCAACACGUGAUGCACAAAAGCGUUUGAAUCCACCAAUGAAAGAGGUUGUGCGUGCUGAAAUUUUGAAGCUCCUCGAUGUUGGAGUUAUAUAUCCAAUUUCAGAUAGUCAAUGGGUUAGUCCAGUUCAAGUGGUUCCUAAAAAGUCAGGAAUAACCGUUGUGAAGAAUGAAAAAGACGAGUUAGUGCCUACAAGGAUGACUACGGGCAUUGAAGUUGAUAAAGCAAAAGUGGAUUUAAUUACCAAUCUUCCUCCACCAACAACAGUAAAGGGAGUGCGUUCUUUCCUUGGCCACGCCGGAUUUUAUCGACGUUUCAUGAAGGAUUUUAGCAAGAUUGCAGGACCAUUGAGCAAUUUAUUAGCAAAAGAUGCAGAAUUUGUGUUUAAUAAAGCAUGUCUAGAGGCAUUUAACAAGCUCAAGGCCCUCCUCACUUCAGCUCAUAUCAUAAAGCCUCCAGAUUGGAACUUGCCAUUUGAAUUAAUGUGUGAUGCGUCGGAUUAUGCGGUGGGUGUAGUUUUGGGGCAGCGUAUAGAGAGGCUUCCUCAUGCUAUUUAUUAUGCUUCAAAGACUCUAAAUGAUGCUCAACUUAACUAUUCUACCACCGAAAAAGAGUUGCUUGCGGUUGUAUUUGCUCUAGACAAGUUCCGGUCUUAUUUAAUUGGUUCCAAAGUAAUUGUCUACACUGAUCAUGCUGCCCUUAAAUAUUUACUUGCCAAGAAAGAGGCGAAGCCUCGACUGAUCCGUUGGGUUCUCUUACUUCAAGAAUUUGAUUUGGAGAUAAAAGAUAAAAAAGGAAGUGAGAAUGUGGUUGCAGACCACUUGAGUAGAUUGGUGCAUGAAGAUGAUGAAGUGGACUGCCUUCCUUUGAAUGAAAAUUUUCCUGAUGAACAAUUGUUUAUGUUACGUGAUUCUCCUCCUUGGUUUGCUCAUAUUGUGAACUUUAUUGUUACAAAAAAAAUUCCAGAUCAUUGGAGCAAGCAAGAGAGGGAGAAAUUUCUUUCUAAAGUGAAGCAUUAUAUUUGGGAUGAACCAUAUUUAUUCAAACAUUGCCCAGACCAAUUGAUUAGAAGAUGUGUACCGGAAAGUGAGUUUCAAAGCAUUCUUCGUUUCUGCCAUAGUUAUGCUUGUGGUGGGCAUUUUGGAGCCAAGAAAACAGCGGCUAAAGUUCUUCAAAGUGGCUUUUAUUGGCCAACAUUAUUCAAGGAUGCUUUUGAAUUUUGUUCUUCAUGUGAUCGCUGCCAACGAAUGGGUAAUAUCUCCAAACGUGACAUGAUGCCUUUGAGUAAUAUUUUGGUGGUUGAAUUAUUUGAUGUAUGGGGAAUAGACUUCAUGGGACCUUUCCCUCAAUCCUUUGGCAAUCUCUACAUAUUGGUGGCAGUGGAUUAUGUAUCAAAAUGGGUUGAAGCAAUUGCUUGCAAGACUAAUGAUCACAAGGUGGUACUUUCUUUUCUCAAAGACAAUAUUUUUGCUCGUUUUGGCACUCCUAGAGCUAUUAUAAGCGAAGGAGGACUACACUUUUGCAACAAGCCAUUCGCAUCACUUAUGAAGAAAUAUUCCAUCACUCACAAAGUCGCUACACCUUACCACCCUCAAACUAGUGGUCAAGUUGAGAUUUCCAACCGGGAAAUUAAAAAUAUUUUGGAGAAAACAGUUCGUCCGGAUAGGAAAGAUUGGUCUCAACGUUUGAAUGAUGCUCUCUGGGCUUAUAGGACAGCCUAUAAAACUCCAAUUGGCAUGUCGCCAUAUCGCUUAGUUUUUGGGAAAGCUUGUCAUCUUCCGGUGGAGUUGGAGCACCGAGCAUAUUGGGCAAUCAAGCACUACAAUUUUGACAUGAAUGCAGCCGGUGAACAGAGAGCAUUGCAGCUGAAUGAGAUGGAGGAAAUUCGUAAUGAGUCUUAUGAGAAUGCAAAAAUUUACAAGGAGCGCACCAAGAGGUUUCAUGAUAAAGUCAUUCGUCAAAAGACAUUCGAACCAAAUCAAAAGGUGCUGCUAUAUAACUCUCGGCUGAGACUCUUUCCAGGAAAACUGAAAUCUCGGUGGAUGGGUCCUUUUCUGGUUACAAAGGUGUUUCCUCAUGGAGCAAUUGAAAUCAAGAACUUGAGGAACAACUCAAUCUUCAAAGUGAAUGGUCAACGUCUCAAACCUUACUUGGAGACAUCUUUUGACACCAAUGAGCAGCAUGUUUCCUUCACUGAUCCUCCAAAUGAAUGA